GUAGAUUAUUGGCUUUUGGUUAGAAGACGCCGUUUUUAAUUUAUUUUAGCUAUUUUCUCUCUCCUCCUUUUCGCUCUCUCUCCACUCUCUGUCGGGUACUCGGCGGCGAGAGGAAAUUGUUUCCGAUAGUGUAAAAAUUGUGUCUUUUUAGGUCAAAUCAGCGGUAAUUUUUGUCUCGGUGAUUUAUUGAAGCUUUUCAUAUUUGUUGAAGCGGUUGGCAAAAUGGUGAGGAAGAAGAGAACUGAACAACAUGGGGAAGGAGAGAGCUCUCAUCCCCAGCAAGCUGGAGGGACUGGAGGAAGAGGCGGAGGUGGUCAAUCUAUGCUACCUCAACAAGCUGCUGGUGGUUACCCAGGUGCAGGAAGAGGUUGGGGGCCCCAGGGACAAGGAGGUCGUGGAGGAUAUGGUGGUGGACGUGGCGGCGGCCAGCGUGGUGGCAUGUCCUUGCAACAGUCUGGUGGGUCUGCAGAGUACCAAGGCAGGGGUGCUCAGCAGCAUCCACGAGGUGGGGCCCCACCUCAGCGCCGCGGUAGUAGCGGUGCUGGUAGUGGCCGUGGUGGUGGUCCUAUCAGUGGGUCCUAUCGCCCUUCAGUUCCCGAGCUGCACCAAGCUUCCCAGGGUUCCUACCAACCUGGGGGUCAGCCUAUUCAAGCGAUGACUCCUGGAAUGCCGGCAGAACAGGGUGAGGCCAGUUCGUCUGUGUCCCCUUUGGAGGCUGGAUCAUCCCAGGUUCAGCAGCAGUUUGAACAACUGUCUGUUGAAGAGCCAUCUUCUCAGGCUAUUCAGCCUUUGCCUGCUAGUAGCAAGUCAGUGAGGUUCCCCCUUCGUCCUGGGAAGGGUAGCACUGGCACCAGGUGCAUUGUGAAAGCGAAUCACUUCUUUGCUGAAUUGCCUGAUAAGGAUUUGCACCAAUAUGAUGUUUCAAUCGUGCCAGAGGUGACAUCACGGGGUGUGAACCGUGCUGUUAUGGCACAGUUGGUGAAGUUGUAUAGAGAAUCUCAUCUUGGAAGGCGACUUCCGGCUUAUGAUGGAAGAAAAAGUCUAUAUACUGCAGGCCCUCUACCAUUUACCAGUAAAGAAUUUAGAAUUACACUUGUUGACGAGGAUGAUGGAACUGGGGCACCAAGCAGGAGAGAGAGAGAGUUUAAGGUUGUGAUCAAGCUGGCUGCACGAGUAGACUUGCACCAUUUGGGGAUGUUUCUGCAAGGAAGGCAGGCUGAUGCACCUCAGGAGGCUCUCCAGGUUCUUGACAUAGUAUUGCGUGAAUUGCCCACCACGCGUUAUUCACCAGUAGGUCGCUCUUUUUACUCUCCCCAUCUAGGGCGGAGACAGCCGCUGGGAGAGGGUUUAGAAAGCUGGCGUGGAUUUUAUCAGAGUAUCCGACCGACUCAGAUGGGUCUAUCUUUGAAUAUAGAUAUGUCUUCGACUGCUUUCAUUGAGCCAUUGCCUGUCAUUGACUUUGUGACCCAACUGCUGAACCGGGAUGUAACUUCUAGGCCAUUGUCCGAUUCCGAUCGAGUGAAGAUUAAGAAGGCUCUAAGAGGGGUUAAGGUUGAAGUUACACACCGUGGUAAUAUGCGUAGAAAAUACAGAAUUUCUGGACUAACUUCCCAGGCAACAAGAGAACUCACUUUUCCUGUUGAUGAAAGGGGAACGAUGAAGUCAGUUGUGGAGUAUUUCUAUGAGACCUACGGAUUUGUAAUCCAACACACACAGUGGCCAUGUCUUCAAGUUGGAAACCAACAGAGGCCAAAUUAUUUGCCCAUGGAGGUUUGCAAGAUUGUUGAAGGGCAACGAUAUUCUAAAAGAUUAAAUGAAAGACAAAUUACAGCUUUGCUGAAGGUUACUUGUCAACGUCCUCAAGAGAGGGAGCGUGACAUUGUUCAGACUGUCCAUCACAAUGCAUAUCAUGCUGAUCCUUAUGCCCAAGAAUUUGGGAUUAAAAUUGAUGAGAGGCUUGCUAGUGUUGAAGCACGUGUUCUUCCUGCUCCGUGGCUCAAAUACCAUGAUAGUGGUAGGGAGAAGAACUGUCUACCCCAAGUUGGUCAGUGGAAUAUGAUGAACAAAAAAAUGGUUAACGGGGGAACAGUGAACAAUUGGUUCUGCAUAAAUUUUUCACGCAAUGUGCAAGAUGGUGUUGCUCGUAGUUUUUGCUCUGAGCUUGCGCAAAUGUGUCAUAUUUCUGGCAUGAGCUACAAUCCAGAACCUGUACUUCCAGGUAUCUCUGCUCGCCCAGACCAGGUUGAAAAGGCUUUAAAAACUCGAUAUCAUGAUGCCAUGACUAUUAUGAGUAAAUCGCAGCAGCAGAAAAAGGAGAUUGAUUUGCUUAUAGUCAUUCUUCCCGAUAACAAUGGCUCUCUCUAUGGUGAUCUAAAAAGGAUCUGUGAAACUGAACUUGGAAUUGUUUCACAAUGUUGCUUGACCAAACAUGUGUUUAAGAUGAGUAAGCAAUAUUUGGCAAAUGUUGCUCUGAAAAUUAAUGUGAAGGUUGGUGGAAGGAAUACUGUCCUUGUUGAUGCAAUAUCAAGGCGCAUACCACUUGUCAGCGACCGACCAACAAUUAUAUUUGGUGCUGAUGUUACCCAUCCUCACCCUGGAGAAGAUUCCAGUCCAUCCAUUGCUGCUGUCGUUGCCUCUCAAGAUUGGCCUGAAGUCACAAAGUAUGCUGGUCUGGUAUCUGCUCAAGCACAUCGUCAGGAGCUGAUCCAAGAUUUGUACAAAACCUGGCAAGAUCCCAGCAGGGGUCAAAUUACCGGAGGAAUGAUCAAGGAACUCCUCAUAUCUUUCCGUAGGUCAACAGGCCACAAACCACUGAGGAUCAUAUUUUACAGGGAUGGGGUGAGUGAGGGUCAAUUUUAUCAAGUGUUGCUGUAUGAACUUGAUGCUAUUCGAAAGGCAUGUGCUUCGUUGGAGCCAGAUUACCAACCGCCUGUGACAUUUGUUGUGGUCCAAAAACGUCAUCAUACAAGACUAUUUGCCAACAACCAUCAUGAUCGACACUCAGUUGAUAGGAGUGGAAACAUAUUGCCUGGUACUGUUGUUGAUUCUAAGAUAUGUCACCCAACUGAAUUUGACUUUUACCUAUGUAGUCAUGCUGGCAUUCAGGGUACUAGCAGGCCAGCACAUUAUCAUGUCUUGUGGGAUGAAAAUAACUUUACAGCUGACGAGUUACAGUCCUUGACGAAUAACCUAUGCUAUACAUAUGCAAGGUGUACUCGAUCUGUUUCAAUCGUUCCACCGGCUUAUUAUGCCCAUCUUGCUGCAUUUCGUGCUCGCUUCUACAUGGAGCCAGAGACCUCAGACAGUGGCUCCAUGACUAGUGGGGCUGCUGCUGGUCGUGGAGGCAUGGCCGCUGCUGGUGGACGAAGUACAAGAUCGCCCACUUCUAAUGCUGCUGUGCGUCCUCUUCCUGUUCUGAAAGAGAAUGUCAAGAAAGUCAUGUUUUACUGUUGAAAGUCUUCCAUAUGGUUUGCUGAAUUAACUUAUGAAUUGGGUCUUGGAUGUUUGGAGAAAUACUGCUUCACGUUUUUAUUGGCCUGUGUGUUAUGAUUUGCAUUUGUGUGUGAAACCCAUUAGUGUUUUACUCGUCUCAAGUACUUUGAGUGCACCUUGUCUGAAAUAUUUGAUUAAUCUGAUGUGGUGGUUAACUGUA